AUGGAGGUCGAGUCGGCAGGUUCAGCCUCCAGUCCACACGGAAAACAAGCUGCAUGCUUGAGCUGUCGACGGAGCAAGAUUCGCUGCAACCGUCUGGCAGGCGAGCGCAGCUGUGAGAAAUGUAGGCAGACCAAUGCAGAGUGUAUUGUCCCCAACCAUCAUCUGGGCCGACAAAAGGGUGUCAAAAAUAAACGCAAGGGCCUGGAGAAAGCGAUACAUCAGAUCGAGCAGGCAAUCAAGCGGCCCAAGGUCAGCCCUUCUAGUGACGAUGAUGCCCAAAGGGCUAUAUCAGUCCUACAGGAUCUUCUCGGUCAAGUCCAGGGACAGUUGACGAAUAAUGAGAAUGAGCAUGAGCGUGGCCUUUCAGAAGUACCAGAUUAUCCGCGCAUGGGUUCUCCGCGCGAUAUUCAUGCGGAGGAGAGUCUUGCACUUGUCGAUGCAGAAAACCCCCUUCAGCUGCUUGCUAGGGCUUCGGAUCUGCAGCUUUCGCCGACUGGGGUGCGACGUGCGCCAAGGCCUCCAAUGCCACCGUCAGAGGGUCCAUCGUUCAUACAGAGCACCCCGCUAGGAGAGCCGAGUGCCAAGUCCUUUUUUGUUCCUACAAGAGCAAAUUUGGAUAUUGGACCUGAAGUUGACCCUGUUGAGCUGGGUUUAUCCGCUUUUCUUUUUACUUCAAUUAUGGCAGGUGCAGCCCUAUUUUUGCCAUCUGCUGCUGCUUUAUCCAAGAGACUAUCCAGACAUUGCAAAUGGCUCGCGAAGCGAGUGUUUACACACCGCCAUAGGUCUGUUGAGAUUGUUCUGGCUUUUAUGGUGAACGUUCCAUGGAUGUCUCCCGGUGAUAGACUAGGAGACGAUGAUACUUGCUCCUAUAUUGCCAUGGCCCUCACUGUUGCUCUAGACUUAUCUUUGAACAAGAUUGUCUCGCCCUCUUCAAGCUUCAACCAAGAACUCAUGAAUCGCCUGGCACGAGCAGACUGUAUCGAUGCCAAGAGGGCUUUACACAUGGAUGGAUUUGAUGACAUUGAUCCAUCUUCAGAGUGGGGCCUCAGGCUGCUGCGAAGACGCGAAAGAGCUUGGAUUGCAUUGUAUGUUGUUGAGAGGGGUGUUUGUCUUGCGCGUGGACGAAACUAUACGGUCCCUCCAACCACGCUCAUCGAAAACUGCGAUCGUUGGCACCUGUCCAACAUUGCAGACCCGCGUGAUGGUCCUAUGAAUUCCAUGGCAGUUCUCCGAAGGGACCUCGAUGGACUCUUUCAGAAAGUUAAAUCAAGCUGUGAUAGUUAUCGUAUCGUCGAUACCGGCUCGGAAGCUGCUCAGUUGAUUAAGACAACCAUUCAAACCUUCUACGAGCGGUGGUAUGCAACAUGGGCCUUGUCAAUUGGCGAAGGAGACACACGCUCUUUGCCCCCAUAUGUCGAGAUUCUUGUCACGCAUACUCAGUUGUCCACCUACGGUGGUGUUAUCAACCACCCAACAGCUCCAAUCGAAGUCAAACGUUUCUUCCGAGCCGCUGGCCUAUCGUCUGCAUUGAACGUUCUGCGAGCAGCCAUCCAAGGUGAAUCUCGACUGAAAUCAAUGCCAAACAAUACCGUCAUAAUGAUCUCCUUUGCCGCAUGCUCUGCUCUCAGCCUCAGCGUGACACCUGGCGACAGUAGAUCUAGUCUGGCACCAAGCGUCCGAAAUCUCAUCGAAGAGACUGCCGGUGUCUUAGAGAGAAUUGGAGCAACACCAAGUCAUCGAAGCGGCGCCUCUGUGCUUUACGGGAGAUUCUUGCGUGAGUUGAUCCGACGUGCACCUGCCUUGCCUUUACAACCCCGAGGAAAUCCAACCAAAAUCGAUCCACCUGAGCCGGCGUUUCCGUCUGCAUAUCUGGACCAUGGUGCGCUGCCAGUAACACUACCACCCGAGGAUUUCUGGUCCGAGCCAUUGCAAUUCUCUACCAUGUCUGAUAAUCAGAUCGUCGAUGCAGUCAACCGAGCGGGCACCGCGUUUGGUGCGUCGAUCCCGGAUGUGCCUCUUGAUGACAUGCUUAAUUGGGAUUGGCUUGACUUUGCCAACCCGGAUUUCAAUUUUUAG